AUGUAUGUACAGAUUUAUAAAAAACUUUCCCCAAUCCCUUCUAUUUUCCUAAAAUUCUCUCUCUCUCUUUCUCUCUCCUCUCUCUCUCUCUCUCUCUCUCUGUCUAUCUCUCCUCUCUCUCAUCUUUCUCUCUCUCUCUCUCCAUCUCUCUCUCUCUAUCUCUCUCUCCAUCUCUCUCUCAUCUCUCUUUCUCUAAUCUCUCUCUUUCUUCUAAAGAUUGAUUCUCUGUCUCUCUCUCUCUUUCUCUCUCUCACACCCUCUCUCUCUCACCCCUCUCUCUUACUUUCAAGAAAUAAAAAAGAAACUCUCCCCCAUCUAAAAUUCUCUCUCCCCCAUCUGUCUCUCUCUCUUUCUCUCUGUCUGUCUCUCUCUUUCUCUCUCUCUUUCUCUCUGUCUGUCUCUCUCUUUCUCUCUCCCCCAUCUGUCUUUCUUGCUCUCUUUUGCUCUCUCUUUCCCUUGCUCUCUCUAUCUCGUGUAAAAGCAGUACAUCUGGUUGUAUCUCUCUAUCUCUCCCCCUUUCUCUCUUCUCCCCCUUUCUCUCUUCUCCCCCUUUCUCUCUUCUCCCCCUUUCUCUUUCUCCCCCUUUCACCUCUUUUUUCACCCCUCCUCUCCUUUUUUUUUUUCUCACCCCUUUUUUUCUCUCUCUCUCUCUCUCACCUUCACCCCUUUUUCUCUCUCUCUCUCUCACCUUCACCCCUUUUUUCUCUCUCUCUCUCUCACCUUCACCCCUUUUUUUCUCUCUCUCUCUCACUUUCACCCCUUUUUUCUCUCAUUCUUUGA